UCAUUGAAAUAAUAAAUCACAAUUUUACAAGAUCACUUUCCAACACCAAAAUGGCAGCUAGUGUUGCUUUAAAACAUCAUAUUGGAUAAUCCCAGUAUAAAGAUGAAUACUCCACCAGUUUGUAAGUGUUUUUAUUACACACUAUAACUCUCCCCACACUGUGUUUACAAUCUGAAGUGGAGUUUACUCAAACUUUGACUGCUUAGAUAAAAGAAAACUUAAACUGAAGUUUGCGAUCCUUUCGCGAAAUUACUGCAGAAUGCCAUAACGCUUGGAGAAGGAAUGGUUUUGAAAUGGGGGCUGGAAGUUUGAUGUCAACUAUUGCAUGUGAAUCAUUGUCUCAGUCUGAUGAAUAAACUGAACAAGACUUCAAAAGGAGAUAUUGGGUCACCUAGUGGGAAGUGGUCCAUUUAAACCAUGGCAGCAGUGACCCAGCAGCCGUUAGCGACUGCAGUCAAUGAGACGAAUACUCCUUCAGUUCUCCAUUCAAGUGGUCCGAUUACGAUAAGAAAUCUACAAGAUACAGAAAAGGAUGCUGAGUUCACGGGAAGGAUAAUAGUAGACACAUUUGAAGGGAAAGUUGUUCAUUGUACUAGUAGACAAAGCUUACCCGCCAUGAGAGCAUUCUAUGCAAGAAAACAGAGGGAGAGACCUCCUGUGUAUUAUGAGAGAGACUUUGUUGCGGAAUAUAAUGGAGAGAGUGUAGGCUCGUGUGUUCUACGUUACCAUGGAGACAAUGAUCUGUUUCAAGACCGGGAUGAGGACUUGAACAAUAUGUCUUGCUGUGAUCAGUGUGGACUUUGCUGUUUUACCUGUGCGACAACAGAAUUUGAAAUCCCACUUGGAAAGGGUUAUAUAGAUCACAUUGGAGUAGAUGCCAGAUUUAGAGGAAAAGGCAUAGGGAAGGUGCUAUUAGAUAUGGCUGAAAUUGACGCCAAAAGAAAAGGAUGUCAAAGUAUUUAUCUAUGGGUGUCGACUAGUAACCGAGCCCAGCACUUGUACGAGAGACAGGGAUAUGUGUUAAUGGAAACUGGCACCUUAUGUUGCUGUGGAAUGUGGUGCUUAACAGGAGACAGGGAAUUUGCUCGGAUGGAGAAGAUUCUUCAGAGCUAACCAAAACAGCUUAAAAUAUUUGUGCUCAAUGGUGUAUAUGUUAAAUUACUUGUAUGGAUCCAUUGAGAAAUUUUACUUAGGAAAUAAGAUUUCAUUUUUGAAUGUCAUUGGGAUUUGACAUGAAGUUGGUCACGUGAUAAAAUCCUAUCACGCCCGCACCGGUAUCUUGCCAUGAAGAUAAUUUUUGAAGCCUCGAAACCAGCCUCGCUUAUUAUCAUGCCGAGUUAUAGCCGUGAUGGCAGUUGCCAGGAAACAACAGUUUAACUUAUCAUCAUCAUAAAGUAAAUAGGCUUAUACCCCUGCGUACAUUGUUAGAAAUUCAUUUUAUAAAUUUGCAGAAGUUGCAAUUGAGACAUAGUUGCAGACGGUAUUUAAAACUGUUUAAAAUGAAACAACAGAACGGUAUGUUUAAUGUUUCUGUUUUAUAAAUUGAUGAAAUUCUUGUUUGUUUAUAAAAUAAACUCAGAAUAAAUAU